AUGCUUCAGCUACCUGACCUGUACAACGCGCAGCUUGUCCUCAGUGCUGCGGCUUGUCUUGGUGUUGUAGGAGUACUCACUAGGGCUUACCGUCAUAAAUCAGAGGGCCACCUUCCUCUCCCACCUUCCCCUCCCUCUUGGAGGCUUUGGGGGCACUUCCUGCCGCAUCACCACCCAUCCCUCAAUAUAGCGAGAUGGGUUGACAAGUACGGUCCUCUGAUCACCGUACGGUCAAGAUUUGAUAACAUCGUUAUUAUUGGCCGUUACAAGGCAGCCGUAGAUAUCAUGGAGAACCAGGAUAAAUUUACCGCCGAUCGUCCUCGCAUGAAUGCUGCUGGAGAAAUGUCUACCGGCGCAAUUAGUAUUGCGUUUGUGCCCUUUGGGGACAGGUUCCGUCGGAUGCGUAGAACACUUCAUUCGCAUCUCCAGCCUAAAGCAGCUGAGGCCUAUCAACCCCUGCAAAUGUUACACGCGAAGAAUACAGUUCUCGGCAUUCUCGAUGAUCCAUGCAACUAUCAUAACCAUAGUACGCCCACAUCUGCGACCGAUCCCGAAGUCGUUGAAAUCAAGCAACGGGUUAGGAUGUCUACUGCAGUCACGCGUCCUGGUGCUUACCUAGUGGACUGGAUCCCGUGGCUCAAAUAUCUUCCUUGGUAUGGACGAGACUUAAAACGGGCAUUUGAGAGCACCAAGAAACUCAAUACUGGUCAGCUGAACCGCGUGAAAGAGCAAAUGAGCGACAAGGACAUCGGUCCUUCGUUCGCGAAAUAUAUGCUAGAGAAUGUCCAUCUCCAUGGUUUGACAGAGAUUGAGAUGGCCUUUCUUGGCGGUUCACUUUUUUUAGCUGGAUCUAGUACCACUUCUGCAGCAAUAUCCACGGUACUUAUGGCAGCUGCAUGUUUCCCCGAGGAGCAAGCUCAAGUUCAAGCCGAGCUCGAUGCGGUCAUCGGAAGGCUCCGAGUGCCUACUUUCGCCGACCAAGAUUCUCUUCCUCGCCUGCAAGCAUUCAUCUCCGAGGCUUUGAGAUGGAGACCACCCUUGCCUACCGGUGCAUUAGCUCACCGAACAACCCACGAUGUGAUUUGGGAAAACUAUCGUAUUCCAGCUGGGACCACAUUGUUUGGCAACCUUUGGUCCAUCUCUCGAGAUCCAGAUGUCUACCCGGAGCCUGACGCGUUCAAACCUCAGCGCUGGAUUGACGACCAAUAUCGCCUAAAAGAUGAUUUAAAAUUCUUUGUCUAUGGCUUUGGUCGGCGCGUAUGCCCCGGUCAACAUGUUGCGAACAGAUCGGUGUUCAUCAACUCGCUCCUGAUCAUGUGGGCCUUCCAACUCACUCUGGAUCCUGCGGGGCCGCUGGAUGACAUGGGAUUUAUGAAUGGGGUGAUGUCAGAUGUCCCACCAUGUGCAAUUAAGUUUGAGACAAGGAUUACGGAGUUGGAGCUCAGGCGCAUGAUGCAGCAUUAUCCGCAGGAUGCAUGAGAAGCUUUGAUGCCUGGAUGGAUCAGGGAGAGAUCGAAGAACCAGUUCCCAACGAAUCGCCAAUUGUACGCAUUGGUGCAUCCCUUCAGGACUCGCAGUCUGUUGUAAUUUUGCCUUUCAUGCGAUUUCAACUGUGCGUUAUCAUCAUCAUUUAUCUCAUCUUAAACAGACCUCGUUCAAAUAAAGCAAGCACAUGACGGGACAAUUUGCAGCAGCAACUUGAACAAAAAUCGGGCACUGCCACGGGCAGGUACGGUAUACAAUUCAGGAGCGUGGGGUGGAGAUCUCAGCUAGACUGUCACUUCCAAUUUAGUUUGAUACAUCUACAGAUCCCACGCGACAUAUGCGGAUGGAUGAAAUUCACCGGUAUAGACGUGGAUAUAUCUUCCCACCCAAGCAACUCGAAAAAAUUGCGAGUU